CCGACGCAAAAAUCCGGCGAAGGUUUGUUUGCGACCGCGAUAAUCGAAAUCCUUAGGAGACCCCCGGUUCCCUUUUUACGCAUGCCGUUCGACGUCGCGGCGUCGACAUUUAGUGUCGUCGUAGACCACGUUGAACCAUCAUCGGCUUCUUUCAAAACCCCACCAGCCGUACGAAGCUAUCCUUCUUUGCCUCUCUCAUAGACCUUCGCUGGACAAAAAGGAAAGAGAGAAGACCAGGAGAAAAGGAAAGUAUACGCGUGGUUAGUACGAGAAAACGAGUACGAAGGUAAAAGGAAAACGGGAGGGAAAGAGAUGGAGGUAGAGCAAGAAGGUUAUAUAGGAGGAAGACGGAGAGAACACAGAAAAUAGGAUAGGGAACGUAGAAAAGGAAGAACGCGAGAAACAGAAAGAAAGGGAAACAGAGGAAGAUGGAAUUACGAGAAGAGGAAGGGAAUAGAAUAAGAGAGACGGCCGGUGUUGUUAGAAGGAGAAGAGGAAGGAAAGGAGACGGAUUCGAUGGAGUAACAGAGAAAAGCUGACGAAAAAGUGGCAAAGGGAGGGAGGUGAAAGAGAGACGGACAGAAAGAGCGUGAAUCGGAGGUUCCGAGCCGCGCCUCCUACCUUCAGGGCCCAUGUAUCCACGGCUCGGCACUGUUGACGACGCAGCGCCCUAUGGAAGGGGAAAGGGAAUUACGGGGAACGUGGUUUAGGCAAGAACGAUCGUCCGUAGUCGUAGUCGGGCCACGAGUCGAGCGAUGUCGUGUGACCGACCUCUCUCGUCGCGACCGCGUUUCUUUCUCUUUCGUCGCUUUUACCUGGAUUAAAUUCGACACCGAGUGUUGUUCGUUUCGCAGCCACACAGCUGCCUACGUGCGUGUAACUGAAAGUCAGUGACAGGGGAACGAGCAUGCGAGCACGAACGUUUCGCCUUUGCGUCGAAAGCACGAUAAACAGAAGAUAGAAAGAAAAAGACGAGAAAGUUGACUGGGCGCCGACUGGGUCGUAAGUCGUAACUUCAAACGCUGCAACCAACCCUCGAAAACACGUGUCGUUCGUUCGGUGCGUUGUCGCGCACGUCGAUCGUUGUGUGAUCAACCGAUGUCGACCGACUGUUAUCAGGAGAGUAUGAAGUUCGCGGAAGUGUGUUUGUUUUCCAAUUUCUAGCAGUGGCUACGGUGAACCGUGCACGGGGGAAAUCGGGCACGACGAGAGAACGACGAAUGAUUGUCAGGUGAAAACACAGCCGUGCUUUUUAACAUCGGAUACGGCGAUAUUCGUCGAUCGUCAUAGUGACAUACGGCUGGCUGUUGCGACGCGAAGGAAUAGGAAGAAUUUAAUACGGUGACGAGUUUGGGAAGAAAAAUAAAAACAAAGUGGCGGAACAAGAAGCCUGGAAGGAAAGUGUGCGCAACGUUUGUGGAUGCAUGAGGGUCUCAUGGCUACUGGAUUCGUAAAGUGGUGGCGGGCAAGGUUCCUCGCUGGCUAUAGACCCUUUUCUGUGGUUGGUAAUACGGAAGGCAGCGACUCGGAGGAACUUCUUGGCGGUGUCUCGGCACCUCGUAGCGGUUCGCCACCGGAAUCCCAGCCAAUUCUAUUAGAAACAGAGGCACCACAGGUCGCGGUUGACGCUUCCACCAGUCCUACGCCGGCCACCGGAAAUGACGAGCAGCCGAGUGCCAGUACAACGAAGCAACUCAGUUUCGAGGAAUUCGAAUGCGACGUUUCGGUAGCGGAGGGUGACCGAAGACGGCAAGAAUUCUCAUUCACCCUGUACGAUUUCGACGGCCACGGGAAGAUAACAAAGGACGAUAUAGCCGGCCUGGUUACUACCAUUUACGAUACUCUGGGCGCUUCUAUCCAGGUACCACCGUGCGGCAGUAAGACGAUUAAGGUGAAAUUGACUGUGUCGCCAGAUCAGAGAACCAGCCAGACACGAUCGGCUGGCGGCUGUUUGAACGCGUCCACGCAGCCGGCUGCUGCUACGAGCUUUUCCGGAAAUUCGUCCUGCUGCCAUUUAAAACACGCGUCCUGCAACAAUGCCGGGACCCAUACUGGCACGCAUGGUUUACGUAGAGUUCCUAGAAGGAGAAGGGUGCCACGACACCGUUGCCAGAAUGAAGAGAAGGAGGUGGAUACCCACAGCGAGGAUGACGGUGAAAACGCACGAACAAAUCGAAUAAAGCAGGAGGAAUUACGCAAAAGGGUGGGGCCCGUGCCUCAUUUACCAUCACCCUAUUCCAAUAGCUCCGAGGGUGAUAUUAGCGAUGACAGUGAUGUUUCUCCCGCAGUUUCCCCCUUGACGCCACUUCUCACGACUAAUCAGCGAAAACGCAGUGGUGCCCUACAAAGACAACAGCUCUUGGAAAUUAUUCAGGCGAACAUGGAAAAGAAUAAUCUCAGUUUUCAUACAUCAAGGAAACGACAUCAGAACGAGCAACUGCGCAUUCCAUCCCAAGCCCCACAUGUCGAGACUUCACCUCACUACAAUCAAGAUUGUCGUUCACCAUCGGAAUCUCGGCCCACGGCGACAGCUUACCAUAAGCCUACUCGGGAAAAGCCUCAGGGUUUCACGUCGUUCUCCAAGGUACCUGCGAAGCAUAGGGGGAAUCUGAGGAAGACGCGAGCACACUACGGACUUCAGAGGAAUAACACGACGGUGCAACCGCCACGAGCAUACGUUCAACCUCAAGUUUUACCGAGAAAUGUGAUCAGCCCGAACGUCUACACAGAUCAACAAACCACUGCGCCAGCUAACGCGAAUCGUAAUGGCGGCAAUCUGAUAUCGAACAAUCAGCACCCUAUUAAUCAAACUCCGACCAACAAUCAUAACGUUCAGCGUAACGAGACGCAAUUUGGUCAAACGCCUCAACAGUGUGGCAAGUCGAGCAAGAAACAUCAACUGAAGCAUGCGACCAGGGAACAGGAUCAGGCCAGAGCCAUGGUCCAAGUCGUUCGUUGGUUGGAACGAGAAUUUUCGCAGAACGCCGCUGCGAGCUCCGGUAGGAAGCACGUUCACGAACAUAUUCAUCAUCAUUACCAUCAUUACCACACGGAGGCGCUUGUUUGAUUCGUUCUUCGUUCGAGGAGCUUUUGCGCGAAUGUAACGAGAUUCUUUGGUGAUCGCAUUAGUCCUCGAGCGAUAGGGUGGAGACUGAGUGAUCUGUGCUGUUCCUUAAAAGAUUUUUUUCUGAUUGCCGGCUGUCAAAAAUCUGUCGAUUGAUCCAUUAUCAUUUAGCUGUAGGGUCGACCGUUGAAAAUUUAAAGCUAUACUCUGUUUUCUUCUGUUUUUACACAUUCCUACAAUAAUGAUUGUAGUGAUUGAGAUGAAUAUUUCACAGUUAGAAUAGAAAUCGAAUUCAGUCGUUCAUCCUAUGAUUUCCGAGGAUCAGUGUACUAAAAAAACACCUACAGCCAAACUUUUGUUGAUCUAUUCCUACACUUUGCGGUUUGUACAUUUUUAUUCGUUCGAAUGUACUGAGUUCCUGCGUAAAUUUUAAUUCCGAAAUAUCGAGAUAUUCUAAUGGAAGUUACGAAGAUCACUGCCAUGUUUCGUUCUUUUUAGAAAGAAGGUAUUAUCGAACCCGAUUUUAACAUAGUCGAUCAAUAACGAACCAAAGCGCAUUUUUAAAAACGGAUACUCGAAUAGCUUUGGAUCAUUGUAAGUAUCGACUAAGCAAUAUAUCGAGAAGUUUUAUUCUCGAGACAUGUAAUCGUGUUUAUAUUUUAAUUAUUUAUCGUAUGGUAUAAGACGAUCUUUCCUCGUUUAUGUUUUCAAUUUCCAGAACAACGGAUAUGUAUCUUCCUCAAUUUGUAAUAGUAUUACAAGUGAACGAAGAAAAUCUAAGAUGAUACCAAUGAUCUAUUACUAUACCGAAGUGCUUAUUACGAAGGUUGUUAUUUCUGAAAUUUUUACAACGUCUCGCUACUGUAAUGCUCGAUAUUUAUAGUCAUACGCAUACACGAUAGUGAUUCGUUUUUGUACAUAAUCGUGUGUAAAAUAUGAAAGAAGUUCGACGAUUUUAUACAAUUCUUUAAACCGACUUGUAAUUUAUUAAAAGGAAAUACCUUUAGUUUUCCUUCGAACUCGAAUCACGUACAAAAUCGUACAAAAUCACCCAUUUUAAUUUACGUGGCUUUUACAUAUUUUAGUACAAAGUGUAAAGAUUUGUUCUACAGAGAAAUUUUAUUUUAAUCCGACGAACAUACAAACUGUUUUGUUUACUGAUAACAAUGAUUUUAAAACGAUUUACUCAAUUAAUUUAUAACGAACAAUGUCAUUUUAGACAGAACAGUAUUAGUGCGUAACAAUAACGUAACCACUAUACAGAAUAAUGUUGCCUAGCGAGAGUAUGAAUUGAAUUUCUAAAAAUUCCAUACGCAUGCAAAGUAGAGAAUCACGAGAACUAGAAAUAUUUUAAAGUUCGUGGCGUUGAAUAAAUACGAAAAUAACACUAGGGGUCGGUAUACCCAUUUAGGAGACAAAGUGCUUUUCUGACUACAGCUUUCUUGCUGAAGGUGUGAGCGAAACCUCAAGGAGAAUGCCCAAGAUUGAACGUUAAGCGUUUUAAAAUAACUUUUCUCGGACACUUUCCUUGGAACAAUCUGUAAUUCGACGAAAUGUAUUUAUUUAACUGAGCUAUGAAAUAAGAAAAUUGUAGAUAAAUAUUUAGUCAAAGUGUCAGGAAUAUUGGCUGAUUGCAAAACUCUGAGCAAGUAACAAUUUUUGUUACUUAGCAGAUAAAUAUCUAUUUGAAAUAAUGAAUGUCUCAUUUCAUAAAUCAAUUGAAAUCAAUCAGCUAAACUUCGUUAAUAAUUCGAUUUUACGCAGAAAAUUAAUUUUGAAAAAGGAGAGAGAAAGAUAUGUCCACAAAGGAAGUAAAAUUUAUUGAUCUAAAAACGUAUAUAAGAAAAUAACAUUUAUAGAAUGUAUUAAAGCGUUUGCAGUCAUUCAAUAUCUUCCUUGAUUUGAUAUUCAGCGUUGUAAUUUUUACGAAAACUUUUUUUUCUCGUAACGAUUACAUCGCAAAUCGAUGGUGCUUCUAUAUUCCAACGAAUACAAUAGUAUGCCCCGUAAUGGCGUUAAUCAUUAAUCCAUUGUAUUUAUACAAUAUUUCUCGACAAUACAAGAAAGUAUUAAGGUAAUGUAAUUGUAAGAAAACAAUUAUGAAAUUUACAAUUCUGUACGCUAUAUUUCCAAUUAUUGUUUCAAUUCUGUAAUUCACAAAUGAUGAACGAAGGCUUGGUAGGAAAGUAUGCGUUGGCACAGAAUUUUUCUCGAAGCAACAUCUUUAUGUUUACAUAAUCUUUCUGUUAUACAGACUAUCGCUGAUAAUUAUUCGAGGUACGACAUAACGAUAAAAAUUACAUAAAGUAAAUUCAUUGAGAAAGAAAUAAUUUAUUGCAAAAGUUUUUAUAUUUUUUUUAUUAUCGAAUAGUUCGUUACUGAGGAUUUGAUUAAAACACAUAAAGUUUUUGAAAUAAUUACGACUGAUGUAAUAAAUUCAACCCAAGCGUAUGAGUGAUAAAAAUAUUAUAACGCCAGAAAUUAAUGUCAAGAAUUAUCAUACGUAUCUUUUGAGGCGUAACAUUGAACAUGCAUAAAGUUUUCACAAAAAAAAAAAAAAAGAAGUAAAGCUGAAAAGAAUGGACUUGUUAAGAGUGCCUUGUCAUACCUCUGUUACUAAGCAAGUAUUAAUUAUCGAAUCUCAAUGUACGAAAACACUCCCUUGAAUUUCGAUGGACCCAUUUAUUAUUAACGCAGGUACAAUAAUUUUCGCUAGCAGUAUGUUGUUAAGCUACGUAUUUCUUUAUAUUAAUUUGGAAAUGCAUGAUGCUUAGGAUCUAACAACUGGAAUUGUUACGGAUAUUUUUCUAUCGGAGUACUCGAGGAAAAAAGGAUUAUAAUUAUAAUAUUUAUUAAUUACAAUAGAUAUUACUAACAAUACGAUUAAACUAUGACGACAAUUGCUACUUUGUAAAUUUAUAAAUCUUGGAUGGUGGUGCUGUCCAGCGACAUGUAAUUUUAUAUCGAUCUUUGUAAUCAUUGUAGAUAUUUUGUGUAAUGUAUUUUUUAUUGAUAUUUAUUAAAAACACAUUUUGAUACUACAUCAUCGGAAUUCAUAAUGGAAUUCUUUCACUCCACAGUGUUUCAUAAAGAAAACCAAUAAA